UCCGCGUGUCGCGCGGAUAAGCUCACGCACGCACGACUCGUCUCGCACCGUGAGCGCGCCGCGGCGGUGACAGUCGCCAUUUUAUUUUGAAAAUCAAACACAAGUGGAGGCACAGCGACUCUACUAUUUCGCACAAGUUCGCUGUGAGGAAAAACAAAGACGGGAUGAACAUCUGAAUUGACUUUUCUUGGAAGCACGAUGCUGAACUUGAUUUUAAACUGAAGGACUCUACCCGUCACCGGGAGCCGCCGAUCGGACAUCUGAUUUGGAACCCAACAUUUUUCACAUCUUUGGGGGGGGGGGGCAGAAGUAACCUAUCACUGAAGUGACUAAAGGGGAAUAAUGGUGAUUUUGCGCCGUGCUCGGCCGCCUGCUUCCGCCCCACACAGCAAUGAAUCUUGACUCGCUCUCGCUGGCUUUGUCUCAAAUCAGCUAUCUUGUGGACAAUUUAACAAAGAAAAACUACAGAGCCAGCCAGCAGGAAAUACAACAUAUUGUGAAUCGUCACGGUCCUGAGGCAGACAGGCAUCUACUACGCUGUCUCUUCUCCCAUGUGGAUUUCAGUGGCGAUGGUAAAAGCAGUGGCAAGGACUUUCACCAGACACAGUUUCUGAUCCAGGAGUGUGUGUCGCUGAUAUCAAAGCCAAACUUUAUCUCUACUCUGUGUUACGCCGUUGACAAUCCCCUGCACUACCAGAAGAGUUUGAAGCCCUCGACCCACUUAUUCACUCAACUGAGUAAAGUUCUUAAGCUCAGCAAGGUCCAAGAGGUGAUAUUUGGUCUUGCUUUGCUCAAUUCCAGCAACACAGACCUGCGCGGCUUUGCCGCUCAGUUCAUCAAGCAAAAACUUCCGGAUCUCCUGCGGUCAUACGUGGACGCUGAUCUCGGAGGAAACCAGGAAGGUGGCUUCCAGGACAUUGCCAUAGAGGUCUUGCACCUGCUGCUCUCCCAUCUACUUUUUGGCCAGAAGGGAGCCAGUGGGGUCGGGGAGGAGCAGAUUGACGCCUUCCUCAAGACACUUUGCCGAGAUUUCCCCCAGGAGCGCUGCCCUGUGGUGCUCGCACCACUGCUUUACCCUGAAAAACGGGACAUUCUCAUGGACAGGAUCCUACCAGACUCGGGGGAGUUGGCUAAGACCAUGAUGGAGAGUUCUCUUGCAGAAUUCAUGCAAGAAGUUGGCUAUGGCUUCUGUACUAGUGUGGAUGAGUGCAGAAAUAUAAUCCUCCAGUAUGGGGUGAGGGAGGUGACGGCCAGCCAGGUAGCCAGGGUCCUGGGCAUGAUGGCCCGAACCCACUCUGGGCUAACUGAUGGCAUCCCCCUACAGUCCAUCUCUGCACCAGGCAGUGGUAUCUGGAGCGAUGGGAAGGAUAAGAACGAUGGCUCGCAGGCACACACGUGGAAUGUCGAGGUUCUCAUCGACGUUGUCAAAGAAGUUAAUCCCAAUCUGAACUUCAAAGAGGUGACGUACGAACUGGACCACCCAGGCUUUAUUAUCCGGGACAGUAAAGGCCUGCAGAUAGUGGUAUACGGCAUUCAGAGGGGAUUGGGCAUUGAGGUCUUCCCCGUCGAUCUCAUCUAUCGGCCGUGGAAACACGCCGAGGGACAGCUGUCGUUCAUCCAGCACUCCCUGAUGAGUCCAGAAGUGUUCUGUUUUGCUGACUACCCCUGCCACAAUGUGGCCACUGACAUCCUGAAGGCCCCACCAGAGGAUGACAACCGGGAGAUCGCCACAUGGAAAAGUCUGGACCUGGUGGAGAGCCUGCUGCGGCUGUCUGAGGUGGGACAGUACGAGCAGGUGAAGCAGCUGUUCAGCUUCCCGAUCAAGCACUGCCCAGACAUGCUGGUGUUGGCAUUACUGCAGAUCUCCACCUCCUGGCACACGCUGCGCCAUGAGCUCAUCUCUACCCUCAUGCCCAUCUUUCUGGGCAACCAUCCCAACUCUGCCAUUAUCCUGCACUACGCCUGGCAUGGACAGGGACAGUCUCCUUCCAUCCGUCAGCUAAUAAUGCAUUCAAUGGCCGAGUGGUACAUGAGAGGAGAGCAGUAUGACCAAGCCAAGCUGUCACGCAUCCUGGAUGUGGCCCAGGACCUGAAGUCUUUAUCGAUGCUGCUGAAUGGUACUCCAUUUGCCUUUGUUAUCGACCUCGCUGCACUUGCCUCUCGCCGUGAAUACCUCAAACUUGACAAGUGGCUAACUGACAAGAUCAGAGAGCACGGGGAACCUUUUAUCCAGGCGUGUGUGACAUUCCUGAAAAGGCGCUGCCCAUCCAUCAUGGGGGGUCUGGCCCCUGACAAGGACCAGCCCAAAAGUGCUCAGCUGCCGCCAGAGACCUUAGCCACCAUGUUGGCCUGCCUGCAGUCCUGUGCUGGGAGUGUGUCCCAGGAGUUGUCAGAGACGAUCCUUACCAUGGUUGCCAACUGCAGCAAUGUGAUGAAUAAAGCUCGGCAGCCGCCACCAGGGGUGAUGCCGAAGGGACGUGCUCCCAGCACCAGCAGCCUGGAUGCCAUCUCGCCUGUGCAGGUAUCUUUAAGUAUGGACCCUCUGUCUGGUAUGGGUUCUUUGAACCUGGGGGGCACAGCCACCUCCCACACUCAGAGCAUGCAGGGUUUCCCAACCUCACUGAGUUCAGCUUUUAGUAAUCCUCAGUCCCCAGCAAAGGCUUUCCCGCCUCUCACCAACCCCAACCCCAGCACACCAUUUGGGGGCAUUGGCAGCCUGUCCUCGCAGCUCCCCGGUAUGGACUCUGGUCCUUUGGGCUCUGGUAUCGGCUCUGGUAUCGGCUCUGGUAUCGGCUCUGGUAUCGGCUCUGGUAUCGGCUCUGGUAUCGGGUCAGGCAUCGGGUCAGGCAUCGGGUCAGGCAUCGGGUCAGGCAUCGGGUCAGGCAUCGGAUCAGGCAUCGGCUCUGGUAUCGGCUCUGGCAUCGGCUCUGGCAUCGGCUCUGGCAUCGGCUCUGGCAUCGGCUCUGGCAUCGGUUCAGGCAUCGGCUCUGGCAUCGGCUCUGGCAUCGGCUCUGGCAUCGGUUCAGGCAUCGGUUCCGGUAUCGGCUCCGGCAUCGGUUCCGGCAUCGGCUCCGGCAUCGGCUCUAGUCUGGGUAUGCCAACCGUUAGCACUGAUCCCUUUGGCACCAGAAAGAUGAGCACCCCAGGCUUGAACCCGCCAACCUUUCAGCAGACUGACCUUUCUCAGGUGUGGCCCGAGGCAAACCAGCACUUUAGCAAGGAAAUUGACGACGAAGCAAACAGUUACUUCCAGCGCAUCUACAACCAUCCACCUCACCCAACUAUGUCUGUGGAUGAAGUGCUUGAGAUGCUGCAGAGGUUCAAGGAUUCAACCAUCAAGCGGGAGCGAGAGGUGUUCAACUGCAUGCUCCGGAACUUGUUCGAGGAAUACCGGUUCUUCCCCCAGUAUCCGGACAAGGAGCUGCACAUCACCGCCUGCCUUUUUGGUGGAAUUAUCGAGAAGGGCCUCGUUACCUACAUGGCCCUGGGCUUGGCCCUCCGAUACGUCCUUGAAGCCUUAAGAAAACCCUACGGGUCCAAAAUGUAUUACUUUGGAAUAGCCGCCCUAGAUAGGUUCAAAAACAGACUUAAGGACUACCCUCAGUAUUGUCAACACUUGGCUUCAAUUGCCCAUUUCUUGCAGUUUCCCCACCAUUUACAAGAGUGCGUGCAGUAUAUCGAGUAUGGCCAACAGUCACGGGACCCUCCGGUGAAGAUGCAGGGCUCCAUCACCACACCCGGCAGUCUGGCCCUGGCACAGGUUCAAGCCCAGUCGCAGCAGCCCGGUGGCCCGAAACCCCCACAGCCAGGUCAGCCCAGCACCCUGGUCACCACCACCACGACCACAACCACCGCAGCAAAGACCACCACCAUUACACGACCAACCACCACCAGCUUCAAGAAGGAUGUGCCUCCCUCUAUAAACACUACCAACAUCGACACCCUGCUGGUAGCCACCGACCAGACAGAAAGGAUUGUAGAGCCUCCAGAGAAUGUCCAGGAGAAGAUUGCUUUUAUCUUCAACAACCUUUCUCAGUCCAACAUGACACAGAAGGUUGAGGAGUUGAAGGAGACGGUGAAGGAGGAGUUCAUGCCCUGGGUGUCCCAGUACCUGGUGAUGAAGCGUGUCAGCAUUGAGCCCAACUUCCACAGUCUGUACUCCAACUUUCUGGACACUCUCAAGAACCCAGAGUUCGUCAAGAUGGUCCUCAAUGAGACCUACAGGAAUAUCAAGGUGCUCUUGACAUCGGACAAGGCAGCUGCCAAUUUCUCUGAUCGCUCCCUGCUGAAGAAUCUGGGCCACUGGUUGGGCAUGAUUACACUAGCCAAAAACAAGCCCAUCCUCUAUACAGAUCUGGAGGUCAAGUCUCUGCUACUGGAAGCAUAUGUGAAAGGCCAGCAGGAAUUACUGUACGUGGUUCCCUUUGUGGCCAAAGUUUUGGAGUCAAGUCUGCGGAGCAUGGUUUUCAGGCCCCAGAACCCCUGGACCAUGGCCAUCAUGAAUGUCCUUGCCGAGCUUCACCAGGAACACGACCUCAAGCUGAACUUGAAGUUUGAGAUUGAAGUUCUGUGCAAGAACUUGUCCCUGGACAUAAACGACCUGAAGCCUGGAAACCUCCUGAAGGAUAAAGACAAGCUCAAGAGUCUGGAGGAACAACUUUCUGCACCAAAGAAAGAGACAAAGCCCCCAGAAGAGCUGCUGCCGGUUUCUACCACAGGAGACUUUGUUCCAUUUGCAGCCCCUCCCUCAACCCCAUCUGCUGCCACCACCACUGCUUGCACAACCACUGGGCCCCCGACCCCACAGUUCAGUUACCAUGACAUCAACGUGUAUGCCUUGGCAGGCCUGGCUCCACACAUAAAUAUAAAUGUCAAUAUCCCUUUGCUACAAGCCCAUCCCCAGCUGAAACAGUGUGUGCGGCAGUCGGUGGAGCGCGCCGUCCAGGAGCUGGUGCAUCCCGUGGUGGACCGCUCCAUCAAAAUCGCCAUGACGACCUGCGAGCAGAUCAUCAGGAAGGACUUUGCCCUGGACUCGGAGGAGUCACGCAUGCGCGUCGCCGCUCACCACAUGAUGAGAAACCUGACUGCCGGCAUGGCCAUGAUCACCUGCCGCGAGCCGCUGCUCAUGAGCAUCGCCACUAACCUGAAGAACAGCUUUGCUGCUGCACUUCGGGCACCAACCCCACAACAAAGGGAAAUGAUGGAAGAGGCUGCGGCCAGGAUCGCUCAGGACAACUGUGAAUUAGCCUGUUGCUUCAUUCAGAAAACCGCCGUGGAGAAGGCUGGCCCUGAAAUGGACAAGAGACUAGCCACGGAGUUUGAGCUGAGGAAGCACGCACGUCAAGAGGGACGCCGCUACUGUGAUCCUGUUGUUCUGACUUACCAAGCCGAGCGUAUGCCUGAGCAGAUCAGACUCAAGGUGGGAGGAGUGGACCCGAAGCAACUGGCUGUAUAUGAGGAGUUUGCCCGGAACGUUCCAGGUUUCUUGCCCAGUAACGAUCUCUCACAACCCACUGGCUUCCUGGCUCAGCCCAUGAAGCAACAGGCCUGGGCGACGGACGAUGUCGCUCAGAUCUACGACAAGUGCAUGGCCGACUUGGAGCAACAUCUCCACGCCAUCCCUCCUGCCCUGGCCAUGAACCCCUUGACCCAGGCCCUGCGCAGCCUGCUCGAGGCCGUGGCUUUGGCUCGGAACUCCAGGGACGGCAUUGCCGCACUCGGCCUGCUGCAGAAGGCUGUGGAAGGUCUCCUGGACGCCACCAGUGGGGCCGAUGCCGACUUGCUGCUCCGCUACAGAGAGUGCCACCUGCUGGUGCUGAAAGCGCUGCAGGAUGGACGUGCCUAUGGGCCACAGUGGUGCAAUAAGCAGAUCACCAGGUGUCUGAUCGAAUGCCGUGAUGAGUACAAAUACAACGUGGAGGCAGUGGAGCUUCUGAUCAGGAACCAUCUCGUCAAUAUGCAGCAGUACGACUUGCACCUGGCACAGUCAAUGGAAAAUGGAUUGCACUACAUGGCCGUUGCAUUCGCCAUGCAGCUGGUGAAGCUGCUGCUUGUGGACGAACGCAGCGUCAGCCACGUCACAGAGGCCGAUCUCUUUCACACCAUUGAGACUUUGAUGAGGACCUGUGCACACUCCAGAGCCAACGCACCCGAGGGUCUCCCCCAGCUUAUGGAUGUUGUUCGCUCCAACUACGAAGCCAUGAUCGACCGGGCCCACGGUGGACCCAACUUUAUGAUGCACUCUGGGAUUUCGCAGGCUUCCGAAUACGACGAUCCCCCAGGCCUGAGGGAGAAGGCGGAAUACCUCUUGAGGGAAUGGGUGAACCUGUAUCACUCAGCUGCUGCUGGCAGGGACAGUACCAAAGCCUUCUCUGCCUUUGUUGGCCAAAUGCACCAGCAGGGAAUCUUAAAGACAGACGACCUGAUCACAAGGUUCUUCCGGCUCUGCACAGAAAUGUGCGUGGAGAUCAGCUACCGCGCGCAAGCCGAGCAGCAGCACAACCCGGCGGCCAGCGCGGCCAUCAUCAGAGCCAAGUGCUACCACAACCUGGACGCCUUUGUCCGGCUCAUCGCCCUUCUGGUCAAACACUCCGGAGAGGCCACCAACACUGUGACGAAGAUCAACCUCCUCAACAAGGUGCUGGGUAUCGUAGUCGGGGUGUUGAUCCAGGACCACGACGUCCGUCAGACGGAAUUCCAACAGUUGCCGUACCACCGCAUUUUCAUCAUGCUGCUGUUGGAGCUCAAUGCUCCGGAACACGUCCUCGAGACCAUCAACUUCCAGACGCUCACCGCCUUCUGCAACACCUUCCACAUCCUGAGACCCACCAAAGCUCCAGGUUUCGUCUACGCCUGGCUGGAACUCAUCUCCCAUCGCAUCUUCAUCGCCAGGAUGCUAGCACACACACCGCAGCAGAAGGGUUGGCCCAUGUACGCACAGCUGCUGAUCGACCUCUUCAAGUACCUGGCCCCCUUCCUGAGGAAUGUAGAGCUCAACAAACCUAUGCAAAUCCUCUACAAGGGCACACUGCGAGUUCUCCUGGUCCUGCUGCACGACUUCCCAGAGUUCUUGUGUGACUACCACUACGGCUUCUGCGAUGUCAUUCCACCAAACUGCAUCCAGCUCCGCAACCUCAUCCUCAGUGCCUUCCCACGCAACAUGAGGCUCCCCGACCCUUUCACACCCAAUCUCAAGGUGGACAUGCUGAGUGAGAUCAACAUCGCUCCCCGUAUCCUCACCAACUUCACGGGCGUGAUGCCUUCGCAGUUCAAAAAGGACCUGGACUCGUAUCUGAAAACACGUUCACCGGUCACCUUCCUCUCGGAGCUGCGAAGCAACCUGCAGAUGUUUCCGUUCGUCUCCCAGGUGUCUAAUGAGCCAGGGAAUCGCUACAACAUCCAGCUGAUCAACGCUCUGGUGCUGUACGUGGGCACACAGGCCAUCGCUCACAUCCACAACAAGGGCAGCACUCCCUCCAUGAGCACCAUCACCCACUCGGCACACAUGGACAUCUUCCAGAACCUGGCCGUGGACCUGGACACUGAGGGACGUUACCUGUUCUUGAACGCGAUUGCCAAUCAGCUGCGCUACCCCAACAGCCACACUCACUACUUCAGCUGCACCAUGCUCUAUCUGUUCGCCGAGGCAAACACCGAGGCCAUCCAGGAGCAGAUCACCAGGGUUCUGUUGGAGCGGCUGAUAGUGAACAGGCCUCACCCAUGGGGUCUCCUCAUCACCUUCAUCGAGCUGAUCAAGAAUCCUGCCUUCAAGUUCUGGAGCCACGACUUUGUGCACUGUGCCCCUGAGAUUGAAAAGCUGUUCCAGUCGGUAGCCCAGUGCUGCAUGGGACAGAAGCAGGCCCAGCAGGUGAUGGAAGGCACCGGUGCCAGCUAGCAUGUGUACCAGCCAGCUCGAAAGCCCUCGGGAGAGAUGUCGCGGCCUUGACCCACUCCCCCACCACACGCACACACACACACACAUACACACACACACACCUCCCCUUCGUUACUGUCGGCACUGGAUGAACUGGCAACCGCGGCCGUUUGAGCCGCUGGAUGAACGGACUACUGCUCAUGGAUCUAAAGAUAUAGAUUUUUGUUUAUCCCCCUCGGGGCUGAAUUGAGACGGAGCGGAUGGGUUGGGACAUGCUGUUUAAUAUACUUUUUUUGACGCUUUGAUGUAAAUAUUGAAAAAAAAGAGGAAGAAUGGGAGAGUAAAAUCAGUGGAGGACAAUUCACAUGUCAAUAAAAUGUAUCCUGACAUGCAAACAUAUUUUCACCCACUACCAAAGUUCUUGGUUUGCUUUCCUCCCACAUCCUUUUUUUUCUUUUUUGUCUGACUUUUUUUUUUUUUUUUUUUUUGCUCUCAGAGGCUGAAUGAUUGAAAAGAAGAAAAGAAAAAAAAGAAGAAGCUGCCUGCUACUUUAAUUUGAUUCAUUUUUUUUUUUUAUCCCCGAGUGGGACAUGGAAGAUGUAGUCUAGUCUGCCAGGUUGGGUGAGGGGGGCUCGGGGGGGGUCUGCUCCUGGUGUGUCGGUGUGUCGGUGGAGGCGGUUUGCUGAUGGUCUGUCCAUUUGAAACUGGCUCUGGAAAAGUCUCUCUCUCCCUGGCACUUGUAAAAAUUUGUGCACAGCGACAUUGAAAAAUCUUGACAAUUUGUACAAAGAUCCAAAUUGAAGAACAAUAGAAGGACCAAUACAGCCCAUUUUGUAACAUUUUGAAUGUUUUGUAAAUGUAUUGGUCCGUGUGUUGUAUUUUGUAGUCCUUUCUAGUUUGCCUUUAGUUCUUGCUACUUAACUGCAGUAUGCGUACAUACAGGAAAUAAAGCAUUCAAACUGCAA